CCGCAUAAUCCAACGAGUCUUUGCGCAGGAGUCCUGCUCAUUUAUUCUAUGCCGUACCCCCAAGCACUCUUCCUCAGCCAGCAAGUGCUGGGCCCAGUGUGAGUCAGUCGAUGACACGGCUGAUGUUUGGAAACUUGCGUCUCGACCAUGGCACCUCUACCGGGAACCUCAAACACGGGGCCUCCCAUCUUGUCCACUUUCAACGCGACCAAGAGCCGGAUUCCCAUUGCUAGCGAGACUUCCAUGUACUGUGUGUUUGACCGAACCACUUCCAGUAAUUCAGUCACGUCUGUCGAAGCAACCACAGCCGCGAAGGCGAGGAGGAUGGCAUCGAACCUGAAAACCCCUGUCGAUCCUUUACCACCAGCAACAACUGCGCUUGGACUAUCGACUAGCUGUACACAAGAUAACUUCGGUGCAUCGAGGAGCUUGCCCACCGACUUUGCCAGCAUGUUCAAUACUAGCUCUGAGGCUGUUGACGCCUGUGUCAUUGCUACCACGACUGCAACACAUGCAGGGGGCGGCUGUGGGUCCGUUGCUUCGGCGAGACAAAGAAGUUGUAGGGGGAUACCAUGCUCACCUGCGCUUCAAGCUGCUGCUGCUGUGCCAGUUGUGGUUGCUGUGCUUGCCACCAUGACCGUGCUAUUCUUCUGCAUACUCCCAAGGUGGAAGCAUUGGAGAGCUGGAGAAGCCGCCAAGAGAAGUCCGGAAAAGAAGUGGACUAGACAUCUGCGACUGUUUGCUUUCGACGCUGAGCUUCUAGCAGAUGGUCGCCUCUCCAGCACGAACAGUAUCAGGAAAGAAAACCGUGUGAGAAGUGGCCAAAACACUGUACACAGUGCUUUGCCUCGCAGACAAAGCGUCGAAGACGUUGUCCCUCGAUGUCACUGUUCUAUGAGCUCUGUUCAGCCUGCCAAAACACGGAGCAGUUUGCUAUCUUCCGCGGGCCUUCGCGCCAUGGCGGCGACCCAAGACCACAUACAAGAAUACUCGACAACCGCGACUGCUCCUCCAACCUACGCCGUUGCAACUGGCGAGACCCCCAGAGGCCCCGAUUCCCAAUCCCGCUAGCACAUAUUUCCUCGCAAUUUCGAGUCCUGUCGGCUCUGUCAAGAGUUGCGAAGUCAAUGCCCCUCUGAUGAGGAUGCGAAUUCGUAGAAGACCAAGUCGACAUGAGUGUGCGCUUACGUGUUUCGGAAAAGGGGAAGGCACAAACACAGAUUGGUACAGUGCGGAAAUGGUCCUCGUCUGCAAAAGACGUGUAAACAAACCG